AUGUCGACGGCUUCGGAUGGAAUCCUGAAGCACCUGAAGGCGCAGCGCCGAAGGCAACGGGCCGUCCUGACCAUGAGAUGGCGAUGUGCCCAGGGAGGAUUGGAGUUCGAGCAGCUGGACACGUUCUACAGAGCCAUCAGGCCAUAUCUUUGUGUCGCCCAGGUCUUUGGCAUUAUGCCACUAUCGAAUAUACUCAGUCGCGAUCCCCAGGAUGUUAAAUUCAAAGUAAAAAGUGUUGGUCUUGGAAUUACUUUCUUACUUCUAUUUCUUGGAGGAAUUAAGACCUUGAUAACUGCCAAUGUUCUCUUCAAUGAAGGACUCAAUGCCAGGAAUAUGAUUGGUCUGGUGUUCUUUAUUGUGGGCAUGGUGAACUGGCUGAACUUUGUUGGCUUCGCUCGUUCCUGGUCGAAUAUAAUGCUACCCUGGAGCUCCUUGGAUAUCCUGAUGAUGUUUCCUCCCUACAAAAGGUGCAAAAGAAGCCUUCAGUCGAAGGUUAAUUUGAUAGUGUUUACAGUGGGAUUCCUUGCCUUAGGAGAUCAUAUUCUGUAUUAUGCCUCCGGAUAUUUUAGUUACAGCAUGCGCAUUUUGCAGUGCCCAGGAAAUCAGUCACAAAUUACUUUUGGACUUUUUCUGAAAAAUGAGUUUUCGGACAUAAUGGUUCUGCUGCCCUAUAAUCUUUUUUCCAUAUGCUAUGGAUUUUGGAUCAAUGGAGUGUUUAACUUUUUGUGGAACUUUAUGGAUAUUUUUAUAGUGAUAACUAGCACUGGAUUGGCUCAAAGGUUUCAGCAGUUUGCCGAUCGAGUUAAGGCUUUGGAGGGUCGUCACGUUCCAGAUGCCUUAUGGUGCAGUAUCCGUCGUGAUCACAUUCGCCUUUGUGAACUAACAAGUCUCGUAGAUGCCAGCAUAUCCAACAUUGUUUUCCUCUCCUGUGCGAAUAAUGUGUAUGUGAUCUGCAAUCAGGCACUAGCUAUUUUCACUGAGCUUCGACAUCCCAUUAACUAUGUGUACUUUUGGUACUCUCUGAUAUUUCUGAUGGGAAGAACUGGUCUCGUCUUUAUGACUGCCUCCGGGAUCCACGAUGCCUCGAUUCUGCCUCUUAAGUCCUUGUUUAUGGUCCCCAGAGAUGAUUGGACGCAGGAGGUGCAGAGAUUCGGUGAUCAGUUGACCAGUGAGUUUGUGGGAUUGUCCGGCUAUCGUUUAUUCUACUUAACAAGGAAGAGUCUUUUUGGGAUGCUUGCUACUUUGCUCACUUAUGAACUUAUGCUUCUGCAAAUGGACGCAAAGAGCCCCAAACACUUGCGAUGCUAA